CGCGUCCUUAAGGACUCGCGGCCGCGGGCGGCGGCGCCUCCUCAGUCGGCCUGUCAGCCUACUUGUAUGGUGGCGUGCGGCCUCGGACGAGGCUGGGUUAUUUGUUCGGGGGCGCCCGGAGCGCGGGCCAGGCUGGGGCGAGCGAAGGGAGGGCGGGGAUGGCGGAGGAAGAGGCCGAUUCUGUGGAGACCCCCGAGAGGUCCGGAUGGCUGACAGGGUGGCUCCCCACUUGGUGUCCUACAUCUUUGUCUUUGCUGAAAGCAGCUGAGGAAAAGAUCUUGAAGUGUGUGCCCUGUCCAUACAAAAAAGAAUCUGUUUGUAUAUCCAAUGGAAAUAAAAUAUGGACGCUAAAAUUUUCUCAUGAUAUUGAAUGUAAGACUCCACUUGUCCUCCUGCAUGGCUUUGGAGGUGGUGUCGGACUCUGGGCACUCAACUUUGCAGACCUUUGUGCAAAUAGACCCGUAUAUGCUUUGGACCUGCUGGGAUUUGGGCGGAGUAGUAGACCCCAGUUUGGUGGUGAUGCAGUAGAAGCCGAGGACCAGUUUGUGGAAACAAUUGAAGAAUGGAGAUGUUCUCUAGGUUUGGACACAGUGAUCUUGCUUGGACACAAUCUAGGUGGAUUCUUGGCUGCGGCAUAUUCACUGAAGUAUCCAUCAAGGGUAAAGCAUCUUAUCUUAGUGGAACCAUGGGGUUUUCCAGAGAGACCUGAUAAUGCUGAUCAAGAUAGGCCAAUUCCAGUGUGGAUCAAAGCCUUGGGGGCUGUGCUGACUCCUUUUAACCCAUUAGCUGGUCUCAGAAUUGCAGGGCCCUUUGGCUUAAGUCUUGUACAGCGUUUAAGGCCUGAUUUUAAGAGAAAAUAUGCUUCGAUGUUUGAAGAUGAUACUGUGACAGAAUAUAUUUACCACUGUAAUGUUCAGACACCCAGUGGUGAAACUGCUUUUAGAAAUAUGACUAUUCCCUAUGGAUGGGCAAAAAGACCAAUGCUUCUGCGAAUUGGUAAGAUGGACCCAGACAUUCCAAUUUCUGUGAUCUAUGGAGCUCGAUCUUGCAUAGACGGCAAUUCUGGCAAUACCAUCCAGUCCUUACGGCCACAUUCGUAUGUGAAGACUAUAGCUAUUCUUGGCGCUGGACAUUACGUGUAUGCUGACCAACCGGAAGAAUUCAACCAGAAAGUAAAGGAGAUUUGUGAUUCUGUGGACUGACCCCCUUCAGAUCUGGAUGGAAAGGCCUGGUGACGGACUCAGCUUCUCAGUGAUAACUUAGAAAAUGUGAUGAAGAAUCAGGAAACCAACACGAGCAACUGAGCAGUCCUCUUGGCUCUGAUUUUGCACAUUUGGCAUUUCUUCCAUGAAGUCACUUGCACACUUACACCACUUAGUGCCUUUUUGGAGGGGAACUCCUUUUUAAAUAGAAAGUCAUUUUGAAUACUACAGAAAUCUCGGAAACUACUACCUUUAAAUAAAGGCUUUCUUGCCUCCCUGACAUAGUGGAAAUAUUGUAAUUUUUUAACUGGAAGAUGUUUUUCAGAUAUAACUUUGCUAUAUUGAAUACUUUUUAUAUUGGAAUCUACUUUUCCACUAUAAAGACAUUGCUUUAUCGUUGUGUUAUGUAUUAUAAAGGUGCAAUUUAUUUUAUUUAUGUCUUCAUAUGCUUAACAUGUGUUUGCCUUUGGGUUAGCCAUGUCCCUUCUCAACAUGAAUUGAGAAAUAACAAAUUUUUGUAGCAAAAGUUCCCACACAAUCCUUGAUGAUGUGACAGGCCGGGAAGCUUCUGAGGGGAGGGAGAGAAAGAAGGGGCCAAAAGAAAGGAGCAUUGGACUGGAAGAAGACAAUAGUUGAGGCUAACAGGCCACUAGAUCAGGGACUUUGCCAGUGCCUGUUUCUUUAAAACUUGCUGAGCCCAUUCUAAGCACAGUCAUUUGUCACUUAACUCCUCCUGAAAGUCAUUGUUUAAGGCAUUAAUGUUAGCUAGCACAUAGGAAAGACCCUGUGGUACAGUGGAAAGAGCACUGGACUUAGAGCCUUGAGGACUUGGGUUCAAAUCCCAUUUUCUAGCUGGGAUUGAACAAUUCACUUAUUUUCUUUGAGUCUCAAUUUUCUUAUCUAUAAAAUGGAGAUUAUAAUAACACCUGCCUCCUAGGACCAUCAAAUUAGAAAGUGUGUAAAAUGUUUGAGAAACCUUACAAAAGUGCAAUAUGAAUUUUUAUUAUUAUUAUAUUUCCCUAAUAACUGGGGUUUUAAUACUUUAGGGUUUUGAAGGGCUAAAUGAUUUACCUGUACAAACCUAUCUUUGUUAUAAUAGAUUCUUUUAAGAUAAUGUAUUAAUUAAUGGGCCCAAAUUGCUCGUGUUUCAAUAACUGUCCCCAAAACAGGUUUUCUUCACUUGGAAAAUCAAGGCAUCCAUCUUAAAACUGCAGCCUAAUUAUAGUAUUAUAAUAAAUGAUAUCACAUUUUCAUCAGCAACCUCUAGUAUAGCUUUGAUUCCUGCAGUGAAAAUCCAGGGUCUGUCUAAAUUUUUUUUAAAAAAUUAGUAAUUGUAGCAUUGGAAUAUUUGAAAAAUUUGUGUAACUGUUCCUAGUGUGUGUAUGUCUGUGCACCUCUCUUUACACACACACACACAAAUAAAACAUGCAUUUUUAAUGCCCCAAAUCUUAAAAUAGCUGCCAUACUUUCUUGCUAUGAUUUUUUUUUUAAUCUUCUUAUUGAAACUGAUGGCUAGGACUAUAUAAUAACUGAUUGCCAAAAUAUUCCUUAAUGGGAAAUAAGCAAAAAAAAAACUGGGAAGAGUUACACUAGAUGACAUAUAUUUGGACUUCAUUUAGAUGUGGUAUUAAACCUUUAGGAAAGACAGAUUUAAAUAAACACUUGAAAAAUACAACAAGUGAUGCCUUCAUAUAAAUGAUUACAGCCUUUAAUAAUAAUUAAAUGUUGGGUUGUACCUCUUAGCAGACAGACUAUUCUGUUUUUCAGCAUUAAUAAGUAACUUUGUAGGUUAAUUUGCAAUAUAGUGAGUGAUGAUCAGUGAUUCCUUCUAUCUUUCAAAUAAAAUAGUUGGGUGAAAAAAGGUUAGAACAGGAUUAAAUUUUGUUUUCAAUAAAAAUUUAAUAUAGGAUUAUUAUUUUGACGCAUCAUCUUAGAUCUUCAGAUUACCAUUUACAAUCUUGAAAGGUUUCGAGAGUUUGUUUUUUUAAGGUUUUGGGAUUUUUUUCAAGACAUAAGAACGUGCCAAAAAAAAAAAAAAAAUCACUUUGUUAAACUUUACCGUGUGACAUCUCUUACUAGUUAGAACUAUAUUAUGAAAGUUUUGACUGUUUGGAGCAAAGCUUCAUAUUGCCUUUGAGUUCCAGGAACUAUUUAGCAUUUGGGGUUAUUUUUUUCCUGGAUUGCUUGUUAAAUGGAAGUGAUUAUGUGCAAACUGGCUAAAUCUGUUUAAACCUUUUAAUGUUACUUUAAACUUAUCCUGUUUGCUGAUGUUUAUCUAACCAGUUAAACAGAUGCUUUUUCUGAAGAAGGCAUCCUCGAUUUCCUUAAUUUCUUCUGUGUGCUAAUGAUUUUUGACAGAUUGUGGAAAAUGUGAAGAAUGUAGGACCGGAAGUGGAAAUGUCCCGGUUUUCUAAUAUAUUUUGUCUCAUUAAAUUAAGUAAAAUUUACCUUAUUAAAUAUGAUAUGACUUAUCUAAAA